AUGAUAAAAGUAUUAGCAUCUAUUAUCCUAUUAUGCUAUCUAUUCUACUUUUGUAAUUGUGGAACACUAUCAACUUCACAACUAGCUGAACAAACAUUAAUAACAACAUUGUUAAAUGGAUAUAAUAAAAAUAUAAGACCAAAUGAUCAAGUAUCUGUUGAUAUCACUGCUUCAUUACAACAAAUUGUGGCUAUAGAUGAAAAACAACAAAUAAUGACAUCAAGUUUAUUUAUCUCACAAACAUGGUUUGAUGAUCGAUUAUCAUGGACACCAAAUGCUUCAAAUAAUAUUGAAGUAGUUAUGCUACUGGUUAAAAAUUUAUGGAUACCAGAUACAAUGAUAUUGAAUUCAGCAGAUGCAAAUGGUUAUCUUACAGUAAGCGAUUAUAGUUUGACAUCUGUCUACUAUACAGGUCAAGUAUAUAUGAUAUUACCAGCAUUGACAAUUAGAACAAGAUGUAACUUUUUUGUUCAAAAGUUUCCAUUUGAUAAACAAAUAUGCAGCAUCAAUCUAACAUCAUGGAGCCAAGGAUACAAUAGAAUUAUAUAUACAGAAAAUCGUAGUUUAGUAAUUGAUACAAGUGGAUAUAGUGAACAUCCUUUAUGGAAAUUGAAUGGAACAGAUUUGGUUGUAAUUGAAGCAGCAGAUAGAGCACCAUUUGAAGAUACUUAUAAUGCUAUUAUCUCAAUACAGUUAUAUCUAGAAAGAAAACCAUUAUUUUUUAUGAUGAAUGGUAUAUUUGCAUGUUUGAUUUUAAAUUUUGUUACAUUGUUAUCAUAUGCAUUACCCUUUGCACCACAAAUUGGUUUAUGUAAGAAUAUUAUCUUUUCUUAA